UCAUGAGUCUCAUCAACUCCUCUCCUUGCAAAGCAUCAAAUUAAGAUUUCUCUAUUUCUCAAGUCCUUUGAAUUCUUUUCUUCCUUCUUUGAUCAAUUAAGUAUACAGAAAGCAUGGGUUUCCGAUUGCCUAGAAUCACUAACACAAAGACAUCAGAGAUUCCAAAAGGCUACUUUGCAGUCUAUGUUGGAGAGCGCCAGAAGAAACGAUUUGUGGUUCCAAUAUCAUAUUUGAACCAACCUUUGUUUCAGGAUUUGCUGAGUCAAGCUGAAGAAGAAUUCGGAUACCAUCAUCCCAUGGGUGGUAUCACAAUUCCUUGCAGUGAGGACACUUUCAUUGAUCUCACUUCUCGCUUAAGUGUGUGAGUGAACACUAAUGAAGCGGAUCUUUGAUCCAAACCAUACUCAUUUCGAAACUCGCUGCUGAGUCAAGAUGAAGAAGAGGCUUCGGUUGAUAAUUUGAUCAUCCACUGAAUCAAAUCACUUGUCCGGAGGGGAUACUGACCGGCUGUAUUCCUGAAGCUGCUUCUGAGCUGAAGAAAGAUUUCCAAAUUUUGCAGAAGAAUCAGAUCAGGCAAAUAUGAACAUUGUAUAAGCAAUUAGUCUAAAGGUUCAUGAGACUCCAAAUUUGUGAAUUCAAAGCAGUCAAGUUCUGUCUUUUAAUCCUGUGUAAAACUUAAUUUCUUGUUGUUAAAAAAUAUGGGAAUGCAAAACAAUUACUUCAUGUCCUGAAUUCUUGAUCAA